AGCCAAGGUUUGAGCGCAAAGGUGCUUUAAAAUAAUGUGGCUGAAACAAAGAACUCCGGGCAUUCACUUUGGAGACUCUGGCGGCUGACUUUGUUGCCUCUGUAGUUUGUCUUUUCUUUUAGUCAUCCCAGCCUGGUGUUAAUCUCGCCAGCACCCGGGUCGAAGGGACAGCGUUUACGGGGAGGGGCCAGCGAAAAAUGAAAUUUCAUUCAUUGGCUCGUAGGCUCUUGGGGCGGAACUGUCAGCUCUUUCAGCUGGACGUCAUAUCCGGAAGAAUUGCCCUAGGAACCUCUCGGUGCUUCUUCCGGGUCUCCUGGCCCACUUGGGCGGUAGAGCUAACACCUCCAUGGCUCUGCCGCCUUACCCCGGCCGCUUUGCCCCUGUAUGUCCGGUCCCGCCGCCGCCACCUCCUCCUCCCCCUCCUGCUCCAUUCCGAUGCCUUCCCUUCGGGCCACCCCCGCCUCCCCAGGCCUAUCCGCCUCCACCGCUACCUCCGCGACUGGGCCCCUUCCUGGGAACUCCAGGCCCUAGCUCGGGCCCCUUCCUGCCGCCGCCGAUCCCACCCCCGCCCCCGAUCCCGCCACCCCUUCCUCCCCCCCAGUGUACGCCUUUCCCGGGGCUCGAGGGCGGGGAACGGCUUCCGCCACCCUCCCCGGCCCCUCCAUGGGCCCAGCGCUGGGCAGAGGCCCCGCCACCCGACGGGCUCGGGGACACGGCCCUGCAGCGCCAGCGGGAUCGCCAGUGGUUAGAAGCCGUCUUCGCAGCCCCACGGCGAGCGAAUGGCCCGUCGGCCUCAGGGGCAGCGGCAGCGGCGGCUGCUCCUCCCGGGCCCAGCCUCGGCGAGCUCCGGGGGCGGCUGCGCGGAGCCCUGCGCCUGGUGAGCCGGCUGCGCGGCCUGUGCCGGGCCCUGCGGGAAGCCGAGGCGGACGGGGAGGCCUGGGAGCGGCUGCACCAGCAGGCGGCUCCGCUACGGGAGCAGCUGCGCGGGGACCUGGAGCCGCUGAGCCAGCCUGCCUAUGUGGGCGCCGCGCGCAGGAAGCUGGAGCGCGUCCGGCGGCGGCGGCAGCGGCUCCGGGACAGGGCCCGCGAGCGCGAGGCCGAGCGCGAGGCGGCCCAGGCCCGGGCGGCGGAGCGCGAGGAGGAGAUCGACCGCUGGAGGAACAAGUGUGUGCAGGAAGUGGAGGAGAAGGCCCGGGAGCAAGAACUCAAAAUUGCUGCUGAUGGUGUCUUAUCAGAAGUGAGGAAAAAGCAAGCAGAUACCAAGAGAAUGGUAGAUAUUCUUCGAGCCUUAGAGAAACUGAGGAAACUGAGAAAAGAGGCUGCCGCCAGGAAAGGUGUUUGUCCACCUGCCUCAGCAGAUGAAGCUUUUGAACAUCACAUAGAGAGACUGAGAAAAUUAAUCAAAAAACGCACUGAACUUUAUGAAGCUGAAGAAAGGGCACUACGAGUUAUGUUGGAGGGAGAACAAGAAGAAGAGAGAAAAAGAGAAUUAGAAAGGAAACAGAAAAAAGAAAAAGAGAAGAUUUUACAUCAAAAACAAGAAAUUAAUUCCAAGUUAUUUGGGGAUCCAGCUGAGUUUCCACUUAGUCACCUCCUACAGCCCUUCAGGCAGUAUUACCUACAGGCAGAGCAUUCCUUACCAGCUCUCAUUCAGAUCAGGCACGAAUGGGAUCAGUAUUUGGUGCCCGCAGAUCACCCUGAAGCAACCUCAGUUCCUCAAGGAUGGGUCAUUCCUACACUCCCCAGCAGUGAUGCCUGGGCAGCUGCUCUCAGACUGAACCAAUGAAGAUGGUCUCAUGAACAUGCUUGUGUCUCUACAGACUGAGCCAGGACAGAACCUUUGAACUCUCUUGGGCAGCUCUGAGUGAAAGUUCUGUUUUCAUGAUGUAGAGUCCUGUGCUAGAGGGACCUUAGGAGUCAGUAGAUUAAUACUGAUCCUCAGGAAAGGCAAAGGACAGGGAGGAAGGGAUGCAAAUUGUACUCUUACUGUAUAGAAUGGCCUUUGUUGUUGCACUUUUAAAUUUAAUUUGUCCCUGUUUUGAGGGGGUUGGUCAAAUGUAACCUCUCUUAUGCAAUAUGUGUGGGUGUGUUCACAUACACAAAGAGAAAAUCCAGGUGUGCACUGUUGAUCUUUCCUGAAAGAUUUGAAAAAAAGCUGAUCUUUCCUGAAAACAGAGGGUUCUAAUGUGUGUUAAGGCCAAAUAUCUCGUUCUCUUCGCUUCAAGUCAUAAGUCCUAGGUUGAUACUAAUGGUCUUUUUUUUUUAACUAAUAGUCUUUAUAAAGCAAAAAUAACACAAGCUUGUUUUAAAGUCCUUUGUUGGAGUAAGGGCUGCACAUUUAAAAACAGAUAAAGCACUGAUGAGAAUGAUCCGUAAGCUGCCUUCCUCUUGCCGGCCCUCUCCCAACCAUAGUUUUGUAGCUUCAUUGUCAAUACUACUUUUAUCCAUACAACAGGAGAAAACAUGUUGGUGCUUCUCCACUGGUUCCAGCCUGCAUUGGGUCACCUGUGGUUUUUGGAUAGGGUGUCUUCUGAUCCGGGCUUUCUUCUUCAGGAAACUUGAACAAGGUGUUGAAUGCUUCUUUCCACAGGUUAGAUGAAUCUGCCUUAAUUGUAGAGCUAUGCCUUUUCUGCAGAUUGAAAGUUCUAACGUAAAUACAUUUCUGUAUAGAGAUUGGAAGGUUCCAUAUCCUCAUUAAUAAAGAUUGUAGUGUGCCUCUGGGAGCAGACUUCCUAACCUGAAACUGUUACACAUUGGAAGAAAUAUACAGCUAUGUAAAAGCCGUAUAUACAGUCAGUCAUAUUGUUUACCUGUUGCUAGCUCAUUGAUUGUAGAUGAGCUGUCUGUUGAAAUGCUGCUAAAGCAUUUAUAUAUAUAUAGAGAGAGAUAUAGAUGCAAAUAUGUAUAUGUAGCUAUGUAUAUGUAGCUAUAUAUAGCACAGGCUGAGAGGGCAGAUUUUCACAGAGUAAAAUUUAUUUUCAUCAAUGAAAUGGUGUUCUUGAAGAUGUUCAGUACUGUAAAAUAAGAGUUUACACAUGCUUUAUGCCAGAUGGUAUAAAAUUAAUUUAUAUUUUUAUAAAGUCAAAUAAAUAUUUUAUUUUUUAAA